AUGCAAAAAUUUAUUGGUAUUUAUCGUGAAGAUUCAUCGGGUCUAAUGGGGAUCUUCUACGUGGUUGUCAUGAACGUGGUCUUUGUUUCGGGUAUGAUGGGUGUCUUGGUGCUAGGAAGCUUUGUAUAUAUUUGCAAGCAUUUGAUGGAUAUGGCAACUUCAACGAAUGCAAUGAUCAUCAUGAUGGCUGGCAUCGGUGGAGUUGCUUGCUAUUGUGGCAUUGCCUCGAAUCUGAAGUCUACUCGAAAACUAUAUGACCUGUUACAACAACUUGCAGAUGAAAGUUUUAAACAUCGUGGCUUCACUGGAUUCCGAGACGCCGAAGACAAAAGUCAUUUUUUAAUUCUUGUUGCAUUCUUAAUGUCUUUGUGGAACAUUUACCAAGACAAUUAUGACACUUCAAAUUGGUUCUUACCAUUCCGAAUCAUAUUACCGAUCGAUAAUUCAAAUUUGAUCGGUUGGUAUUUGGAGUUGUUCCUUCAGGCAUACGGUGGAUAUGUAUACGUUUUAUCAGUUACGACAAUCGUUGCCUUCUUUGGAGGAUGCAGCUACUACAUCGAUGCAGAAGAAAUUGACGAAGUGAUCGAAAAGGAUAUAUUCGAAACGGUGGUUUUUCAUAACAAGAUCCUUGAACUCUUUGAUAUAGUGGCUGAUAUUUAUAGUGCAGCUAUAUUUUUCCAUUUGAUUUGCAACAUACUAUUCCUCGCCGGUGCAGUUUAUCAGACAGAAAUGACGAUUGGCAAAGUGGGAUUAGAUCUCUUGUUCAACGUCUUAUGUGUGAUGGAGGCGCUAUCGUACACCUUCAUAUUGUGCUAUUUCGCCAAUUCAUCGACUUACUCAAUGGCGGAAAUUGGAAAUGUCGUAUACUACUCGAGCUGGUACAAUCAACCACCGAAAAUCCAAAAAUUACUUUUGUUGAUCAUUGCCCGCGCCCAGAAGCCAAACAUAUUUAUGGGCCUCAAAAUAAUUUACUGUCACUUGGAAUCUUUCGCAAAGGUAUGUUUUCAAUCUCCGGUCGAAUUACAUAGUAAGCGUAUCAUCAAACUUUCAUUUUAGUUGAACAAAAAUGCAGCCACCUACU